AUGGCCACAGAUCCGGGCCCGGGGCAUGGUGCCGGUGGCUGCGGCAGCCGCGAACGCAGCAGGAGCCCUCAAGGUGGCAAAGGCACCGUGGAGGCCUUUGCGGGCGAUGCUCCCGAAGGCGCAGAGGCGAAGAUCCAGGUUUCUGCCUGUCCAGCCCCUGCGAAUGGCACUGCUGGUGGUCCUGGUGUGCUGCCGGGUGGUUCAGUGGCGCCGUGUUCACCCUGCGGACCCUGCAUGGGCCAAUGCCCAACUGGACCGUGCAUGGUGAACCCCAUGCUGCAGAUGCAGCAGAUGCAAAUGAUGCAGAUGCAGCAGAUGCAGCAGAUGGUCGGCAUGGGGAUGAUGAUGGGCAACAUGUUCAACAUGAUGGGCACCGUGCCCAGUGUACCUGGAGUGCCUGCGGUACCUGGCGUGCCUUCGGUGCCCAGCUUCGACCCCAUGACCCUCAUGGGUGCGACCCCGCAUGCCGAGGAGGACGAGGAGGCUACUUGCUACUUCAGCUUCCCCAAGGAGAGCCCAAUAAUUUUUCAUUGCCUCGCGCCUGCUCUUCAGGAGGUGGAUAUUCCUCCAGGCCCGUCCUCGACGGUCGGCCACCCAAAUUACCGCCCUCCGGAUGCCGAGCAGACCCUUGCCUCCUUGGAAUUGAUUCCCGGCAUCACCGACAAACGGUUUGAAGGCAAGAUUCGACUGUGGUGGGAUUCGAAGGGCCACGGCUUAAUUGAAUGCGAGGAGGUCCGACUCAAGUUUCCGGGCCAAGACGGCGUGUUCCUGCACGACAGCCAGAGAAGGCACUUCAAAAAAGGUGACGAGAUCACCUUUGCAGUGCCCGCGAUCUCUGCAUCCGCCGGUUGGGCUCUGAGCAUCCCUGUGUCCUUGAGCAGUCUAGCUCGCAAAUCGCCCAGAACCUGCUUAGACCUCUUCGAACUCCAUGUGCCACAACAUGUUAUCAUGAAGAUCUUGAAGGUGGCGCUGAUUCACGUGUACAAUGGGGCCGACGGCAGCAAGCUAGAGGUCCUGCGACGGGCGGUGGCGAGGCAGCCAGCCAGCUUCGUCUUCGUUGGGUUUACCCGCGCUCUUGCCGGCGCUCGCUUAGUGAAAUUGCAGGGGGUGGAAUUCUAUGCCUUCACAGCUCCACGUGACGGCAUCAUCCAGGUGGCUGUUUGGCGGCGCCUGGGUGAUGUUGUUGCCGCCGGUUACAGGCGACCUGGCGAGUCGACACCUAUCACGGUGCGGGCGGUCGGCGCCGGGGACUCACUCAGCCCAGGGAGGAUCGGUGCUCGCGUCGGCCCCCUUGCUGACCUGUACCAGCGGAAGGAGUUUGACAGGAGUGCGUUGGUAUACUGGGAAUCCUUUUGGGUGCCGACCUCCUUUGCAGGUGCCAAAAACUCAGCUGCCAAGAUCUGGUGCGGAGCACCAAAAGCUGGCGUUGCCGAGGCACAAAGACAUGGCCCAGAUGCAGCGCAGGCAGCCAAAACAGAGGACACCGGGACGGCCCUGACGAAGGCAGAGGCCUUCUCAGAGAUCUACCGCAGGCCCUUGCACCGUGACGUAGCCCUGCAUAUUGUCCCGCAUUACAUGCGUGAUGUUGUCCUGGGCGACAUCAAUCCUCAGAUGGGUUGCAGGCGAGAUGGCAAGGUCUCGGUGUACUCCAAGGACUUAGCCGCUGAAGCAGCUCCCAGAGAUCGCGCCUCCGUGUUGGCGGGUGCUCAGGAUGCCCUAUUCUCUGCUCCAAGUGCAGAGGUGCGGCAACAAGACUCGCUGCUGGAAGGUGACGAAGACGGCAGCGAGCGAUGGGAGGAGAAUGGCGGAGAGUACAUUGAAGAGGAUCACCCAGAAGAGGAUCCCGAAGACGACGAGGCCGUUUACCUCUCAGAGGCAUAUCGAGAAUGGGAAGUGCACUAUCUCAGACGGCUGGCCAUGAGGAUCCAUCGGCUUUUGACCCUGGAGCUCGACCGAGCCGAAGAGGCUUUGUUUGCCGUAUUCGUCCAGCAUGAUGCCAACCUGGAUGGCCGCGUCCGGGGAGAUGAGGCCACCAAGCUGCUGCAGGCAAUUGAGAGCUGUGCUCCUGGGAGCACAGAGGAGAGUACUCCCCAGAAGAAGGAUGGAUCCAUCUCGCUCGUUUCGCUGCUGCGGUGGUACAGCGGCUCCAAUGGGUCUGAGCAGAAGGCCUCCUCCUACAGCUUCGGCGCAGCCACGUUGCUGACUGGUCUGCUGGGUUCCGGCGUCGUUGGCUGCGAUGCGCGGCUUCAGGGACUCGACUGGCUGUCUCUGCGCAGAAAUGUCAUGGGAUACCGAAGAAUCUACAGUCAGCUGCGCGAGCUGAAGGAGGAGCGGAUGCUGACGCUAAUCAUGGAGAAAGAGAGUCAAACUGGGCUGUUGGAGACGAUGCCCGAGUACUACAAGCUACUCGCAAAGGAGUUCGAGGGUGACAUGGAGCUACUCUUCGAACUCUUCUGUGAGGUCGAUGAGUCCAACAAUCUCCUCCUGGAAGAGCGGGAGGUGGAGAUCAUGCUCCGCAAGAUGGACACGGUUGCAACGCCGGAAGAGCUUCGGCGAUACGUGGCCGAAAUCAACCUUACUGAUGGACCGCUUUCGUUCCAGUCCCUCAUAGACUGGUGGGACCAAGCCCGGACUGUGCCCAACAGCCUGGUCUCCGAGAAGGGCAGCGCAUUGGUUGCUAGCAUCAAGGGGCGCGCCUACGCUGCCACAGUCGCUGGUCUCUUUGGAGACACUGCAGUGCAGAGGCGCUGGGAGCAGGCUGAUGCUGAAGGCACUCUGCAGGCCUUGCGGCAGGCCUACUGCCGGACAUGGCGAGAAGUGCGAGAAUACAAAGCCGAGCGCGAUCUGAGAAGGGCUGAAACUGAAUGUGCCCAGCUGUAA